AUGAAUGGAAUCUGGCUCUUAUCUCUUAUGUUAACUGUAGCUGCUUUCGACGCAGUUCUCAGUUGUAAACAAUCGCAUGCGACAGCGCUUGCUCAAAUUAAAUCAGUUAACAUCGGAAUUGCAUCAUCAGGUGGUUGUAGUAAUCGAAAUACUCCGACAUGUACAUCACUUGAACAAGUCAAUUGUAACUCUAUUAAUUGUUUGAAAGUAUUGAAAACAUCUUCCGGAUGCGCUCUCACAGUUACUGGAGGAACUGAAGUUGGUCAUGCUGGUGGAACAUUAUCGCAUUACAACGGAUACAAAAUUGAUGUUUCACUCAAUGCAUGUAUAAACUCUUAUAUUACAAAUCAAUUUACUUUUAUUGGUAACCGAGGUGAUGGUGCUGCUCAAUACAGAGCUGGUAGUGGUAAUAUCUAUGCUAAAGAAGGCAACCACUGGGAUAUUACAUUCAGUGCUGCAUGUUAA